AUUCAUUUAUGGGUGAAACAAAACAAUUCUGAUUUCAACGGGAUAUAACAUCAGAUGCUCGUGAUUUGUCAGGGAUUGCCUCUCUUCACUUGCAACCCUUUGGAAAAACGAUUUUUUUUUACCUGAAAUAACAAAGGGUAUUUUUCAAAGAGAACUACUACUGGGUGAUUAAUAAGAAUAAAAACUUACCAAGAAGGAAUUCAGCGGCGGAGCAGGAUGCCUCAGAAAGAAUACCACAAUCAAGCCGCGUGGGAGUCUGGUGUGGCGUCGAUGAUGCAGAACAAGGUGUAUGACGUCUGUGAUGAAGGUCACAGCGGCGUGAACCAGCUCGGUGGUGUAUUUGUUAACGGAAGACCCUUGCCGGACUCAACCAGACAGAAAAUCGUUGAGCUCGCACACAGCGGUGCGCGGCCGUGCGACAUCUCCAGGAUCCUGCAGAUGCAUGUUGAUGCAAAAGUCCAAGUGCUGGACAAUGAACACGUGUCGAAUGGGUGCGUGAGUAAGAUCCUGGGCAGAUAUUAUGAGACUGGCUCCAUCAGACCACGGGCGAUUGGAGGUAGCAAACCACGAGUAGCGACGCCCGAAGUGGUCGGUAAAAUAGCACAGUACAAAAGGGAGUGUCCCUCAAUCUUCGCCUGGGAAAUUCGUGACAGACUAUUGUCAGACGGCGUGUGCACCAACGACAAUAUACCUAGCGUAAGUGUGUCGUCGAUAAACAGAGUCCUUCGCAACCUGGCUAGCGAAAAGCAACAGAUGGGUGCAGAUGGCAUGUAUGACAAGCUGAGAAUGCUCAACGGGCAGACGGGCACGUGGGGAACCCGCCCGGGGUGGUACCCUGGAACUUCUGUACCCGGCCAACCUAACCAAGAUGGAUGUCAGCCGCAGGAUGGAGCAGGAGAAAACACAAACUCCAUCAGCUCCAACGGAGAGGACUCAGACGAAACACAGUUGCGGCUCCAGCUGAAGAGAAAGUUGCAGAGAAACCGGACAUCAUUUACACAGGAGCAGAUUGAGGCCCUGGAAAAAGAAUUUGAAAGAACUCAUUAUCCAGAUGUUUUCGCAAGGGAAAGAUUGGCAGCCAAGAUUGAUUUACCAGAGGCAAGAAUACAGGUGUGGUUCUCAAACAGGAGAGCAAAGUGGAGGCGAGAGGAGAAGCUGCGGAAUCAGCGCCGACAGGCGAGCAACCCCUCCAGUCACAUACCCAUCAGCAGCAGCUUCAACACCAGUGUCUACCAGGCCAUUCCACAGCCCACAACACCAGUGUCUUUCACAUCAGGGUCCAUGUUAGGCAGAUCAGACACAGCCCUCACAAACACAUACAGCGGAUUGCCUCCCAUGCCAAGUUUCACAAUGACCAACAACCUGCCUAUGCAACCCAGCCAGACAUCCUCCUACUCCUGCAUGCUGCCCACGAGUCCGUCUGUGAAUGGGCGGAGCUACGACACGUACACACCCCCUCAUAUGCAAGCACACAUGAACAGCCAAUCAAUGGCCCCUUCUGGUACCACCUCAACAGGACUCAUCUCCCCCGGAGUAUCUGUUCCAGUCCAAGUUCCAGGCGGCGAGCCUGACAUGUCUCAGUACUGGUCAAGACUACAGUAAAGAGAAGAGCUACUUCACCCUCUGACUUUCUCACGAGGCAUCUGAGACAUAGCCACACACCGCGCUCUCUCUCCUUCUCUUUCUCUCUCUCUCCGGCAGUAUUCUGUGUACAUGUCAGCACUCACACACACAUACAUACAUACAUACACACGCGCACACACACACACACACACACACACACACACACACACACAGACACAGGCAUACAGACACACGCACACACACACACUCACACAGACAGACAAUGGCAAAGGAGGACCUGGAGUGGACAAUUUCGUUUUGGGAUUGUGCGCUGUUCUGUGACUUUUGGGACUUGGGAAAACUUGAAGACGAGAAAACAAAACAAAGGCAAAACACGGAGAGAAAGGAAAAAAAAAACUUGGCCUGCCUUUCAUGGAACAGAGCAAACAAACAAACUAAAAAUCAAGCGUACCGACAUUUUUUCAUUUUCCAUCUUUUUGGUGUACUUCUAUAGUUCCAUUUCUAUGUUAUGACGUAAACAUGAGAACAACUCUGGACGGACAGCUGGGAGCCCUCAAUGGUCUUUCAUUAACUCACACUGGCUGGAACCCUGACCGACUGUCCCGUGGGCUUCUCAGCAAGCUUAUAUCAAGAACCUCUACCAGACUUUUGCACAGAUGCAUAUCAACCCAGUUUAACUGGAGUGAGAGACACUGUUUGUAAGCUCAUUUAUCUGUCAACUGGUUGGUUUCCCUCUCCAAAAACAAGAAAUGUUGGCAUAAGGAUGUCCCCAUUUCAACCUACCCAUAUUGGCUUUUGUCCUUAUCUUUGGUUGCAUUCAAAUACAAUGUGUAUUCUAUGGACAGUGGCAUUAUUAAGUAAUAUCAUUUUGCUUUGGGGUUGUAACAAGCCUUGGGUCAAGUGCAAGUGCAAAAGUUGUGUUGGGUAGAUUGAGUUUGGGCAAACUGUCUGUGCUGAGCAAUAACAUUGAGGAGAAAAAUGUGGGAGAGAAAUGAUUGCUCAAUGGUAGACUGUGGCAUUGAUAUAAUCCAACUUGUUUAUGUCCAAUUGUAAGUAUUUGUCUUCCCUAGGAAUCUCCCUAAAUAAUUUCUACAAUAAAAAGUUACUUUCAUUUGUAUUGCUCCCCAGAAUAUUCUAUACAUUUUAUACAAAUUUUCAUGCAUUGUAAAAAACAACCUUUCUUUAGGUAAGGUACAAGUUGUCUCUUAGAUAUAGUUGUAUUAUAGUGUCAUGCUGUCAAAUAAUUUUGUGCAACUAGAAAUAUUUAAUUCCUAUAAUUAUGAUUACAAAUGCUUGGCAGAGUUUUAAACAUAAGUGUUUGGCAGUUGUUUACAAGUACAUAUCAGAAUUAACCAUUGUUGAUUGUAAAAACAGACCAAAGCCUUUGUAUUUCAUCUCUUACACAACAUUUUGUUUUAUAUAUAUUUGUCUUGUGUUGCAAGCAUUUUUUGUAAGCAUUUGUUUUACAUUCUAUUACAAUGGCUUCGAGUACAUUUUGACUGCCGACUAAUCCUGCAGUCUGUUAUUUAUAAUUGAAGACCAUGUCUAUCAUGCUUUGCGUUCUGCAUUUUGAUGUGUAUCUGGGGGCAUGGUCACGUCAGGGUUCUGGUUCAGAGUCAGUUCCAUGCUUUGGGAGAAAGAAAGGUCUACACUGUCUCUUAAAUAUUUCAAUUUGAAUUUUAUUUAAA